CCAAUGAACCAAGAGUGUAUGCCAUGUCUGUUGCUAUUGAAGCUACGGUAAGGUUAUGGAUGAAGAUGACACUCGGGUUAAGCUUGAUAUCAAGGUAUGGCCAUAACUCAUCCUUUUUGGAACCAAACUGUAAGCUUAAAGACCGAAGCAUCGCAAGGUUAGUAGCACAAGCCAAGGAUAUCCCUUACUUCAGUAUAAGACGGAGAGCAGAUAAACUUGUACCUAAGACAGAUGAGAAGGGCAAAGUGAGAGAUGAUAAGAACCUUGAGGACGGGGCGCCCUUGGUGCCUACGGCCGGGGCGAGGCCUACACCUGAAUAG